ACAUUUUUCGAGAUCGCUGUUUCCUCAGGCAAUAGUGGGUCACAAUUCUGCUGCUUCUCAGUAUUCUGUGAAUCAUGAAACCAGUCAUUUAUGGAAUAAUAAGGGUAGUAUCUGACUUAGUGAUCCUUCUUGGAUUAAUCGUCAUCAAUAGUGUGUUACAGAAUAUUGAACCAUAUCAUUGGGGAUAUUUUCCUCAAGAUGACUCAAUAAAGAAGCCUUAUAAAUCAUCCACCAUUCCAAGUUAUGUUCUUUAUGUAGUGUCUUCACUACUUAUAGUCAUUACGAUAGUCAUAGGUGAAGUGUCUUUCGGUGCUAAAACUUUAAAGACAACUCGUAGAAAGAUUCCAGUGAUAUUGUACCCAAUAUAUGAUUCUCUCAUCGUUGCCUUUUUUGGUUAUUUUGCUACUAUCAGCCUUACGGAUGUUGGAAAGGUUGCUUUCGGUCGCCUGCGUCCAAACUUUAUCGACGCUUGCCAACCACAGAAUCUUGUAAAUACGACUUUAGGUUUUGUAAAGGAAUUUUCCUGUGUAAACAGUAAUUCUAGACCAUUGAGGAAAUCUUUUCCAUCUGGACACACCUCCGUCGCUAUAUACAGUGCCGCAUUCCUAUGCCUUUAUGUACAGCUACGAUUUGCACGCUAUCGUGUUUUUCCUGGAGUCAGAAUAAUAUGUCAAAUGAUAUUCAUUGCUCUGGGAUUGGUGGUCGGUUACUCACGUAUCAUAGAUAAUAAACAUCAUUGGAGCGAUGUGCUUAUGGGUGGGAUAUUAGGAUUCCUCUUAGCAUUUAGUACGCUGUUCUACCUACCAUUUUCUGGCGAUGGCACGGGUUCCCUACCUGUCUUCAGAGAUGGAGAUGAUACGUAAGUUUUUUAAAUGUCUAAACAACAUCUGUUUAGAAGGAAUCAGGCGUAGUAGUAGAAGUGGUAUAUCAAAUUAAUAAUGCAUAUGGAAGCGAAUUAUUGAUUCACUUCUAAAACACACACCGCCAAAAUAGCACUUCAAGCCUCCAUACUAUUGUCGUAAACGCACACGAUUCAAAGAUAUUUCUUAGAAUUCUUGACAAAUCAAAGAUUGCUCUGAAAUUUUAACCUACAAACUCUUCACGAACGAACUCUGCCUGUUAAAUGGGAUCAUAUUAAUUACAGUGAUGAUUUUGAAGGUGAAUAUGUAAAUCGGAAUAGUCAGAGCUGGUCAACUAAAUUAGGGUAACAGAAAACCCUGAGUAAUAAACAUUCGUUAGAAUAAAGUCUAGAUAAAUAAUCAUUCUUGGUCAAGCGCUCCAACUUAUUAUAUUCAUUUUUUAUUCAUUUGAACAUCAACUUGAUACAAUAUGGACUCUUUACUAAUGUGCAAAGCUGAGUGAUAAGCAAGUAAAACUGCUAACAGAUUUUUUUGUAUUAACACAAAGCAAAUAUAAUAAUAUCUCACAAAUAAAACAAAUCCAAAAUCUAUUUUCGCAAAUGAAGUAACUCAGUUGGCAUACUUUCCCUUUUUUCAUUUAAGUUGUCAUCCUUUAACACGUUGACAGGUCUUCUUUUCUCAAUUUUCUGUUUUAAUUUUGUUUUCUGGAAUUUCCAUUCAUCACAAUCCUGAUUGCUUCCAUCGCAAUUUUUGUUUCCGACAUCGCGCUGUUUGCAAAUUAACCUUUGGAUACUAAAUAUUACAACAGUCUAGUUCUAAGAUCCUUGGCCAACAUGUUGUGAAAUGUCAUCACUAGGCUAACUGUUAUGACACUGAUGUGUUCUUUGGUGCAUUGUUAAGCGUCAUUCAGUAGAAUGUCGUGGUUUCGACGACUUGUGGCUACCGAUCCAGGUCAUUCUUGUCGGUAUGAUUUUAAAGAUGUAUAGUAUCUUGUCUUGGAGUUUUGUAAAACCGAAUGAAAAGUUUUUCGAAUUAGUGCCGUUUAGCUUUCAGUAUUCAAGGAUUCUGUCCGCUGUACGUGUGACUGUGUUCUAUGCCACUGUAAAAUUAAGUGUUUUACAUUAUUACACACUAACGAUACUCAUAUCUUUCAUAAUUUUGAAAUUAUAUCCAAAAGACGGUGAAAGUAGUGACAGUAACUUAUAAAAGUAUGGUAUAACGAUCCAGUAGACCUGCACAAUAUCAACCAAUAAAAUUAUACUGCAAUUAGCUCACAUAUAAGCUGUAGCCAAGGUAGUUAUCCAUUAUAUCAUCAGUAGUUAUUUUUUUCUGAGUGAGUCUGUUUGUACAGAUGCCUCCAUUCAGUGAUACGCUUGCUUAAAACAUCGUAUUCAUGAACAACACGCAACUGUAACUGGAAACAAUUUUUUCUGUUUUUCAACAUCUUUUAAUUGUGUUUAUUCUCUCUCUAAUACAUACUCAUUGUAUUCUGUUAUAUUACUUACUGGAUAUGUGUUUCUUAAAAACGUCAUCUACUUAACUUAAAGGUAGAUUCUAUACAUCCAAGUUUAUAACUGUUAUCAUCACGGUCAUCAUUCUUCUUUUUCUUGUUCUUGUUACAUGUAUUAUAUUCUAUAGCAAACAUUUUCCCUUCAGUAUGUGUUCUCAAUAUGGAUCGAUAGGUAGAUAUAAACACAUAUUAGGGAAGAAGGUUACGAAUGCGGAACUUCAGCUUUCAGUCCCGACAAGAUUUUGCGAUAGUCAGUAUCGUAUUGAUUACUGAUGAUGCUCAACUCCUGAACAGAAUAAACUGCUGAAAGUGCACUCGUGUAUUCAAUAUGCUCAUAUAUAUGUAUAUCUUUUUUAUUACCUUCAAUUUCAUUAAAAACUAUUUUCUUGUUGUUUCCUUUUUUUUAACUGAGAUUCAUUAAUCUCUUGUUUUUAUGAUUAACUUCAAUCCAGUGCUGUUUGUGUUUCAUAUGGCAUUAUUGACAGAGAGAAAGAGAGGGAGAAGAAAGUUUUUAUUACACUAUAUGAAUUUAUUCUUUUCAGACAACAAAUUACAACGCAUGAUUGAUGCGAUAAUGAUUUUUUUUUUAAAUACACGUGGUUACUGCUG